AUGUCUUGCUCAUUGGAAGUAAACUUGGUAUUCUUCAUUCCUCCAGAUGGUAGUAGACAGGAAGAUGCCGAAGGCGAACUUAGUGAAGAAGAACAUUGGUUUGGAAACUCUUCAGAGACCCCAUCAGAAGCAUCCUAUGGAGAAGUCCAGGAGAACUAUAAGUUGUCUCUUGAGGACAGAAUCCAAGAGCAAUCUACUUCCCCAGACACUUCCUUGGGAAGUGCAACCCCCAGUAGCAAUACCUUGGAGCUGAUAGCUCUGGAAAGUGAGGCCCUCCGAGACCCAUUACAGUGUCAAGAUCACCUUUCUCCUGGCGUGUCUUCUUUGUGUGAUGAUGACCCCCCUGGUUCAAACAAGCCACUGAGCAGCAAUCUGAGGAGGUUGUUGGAGGCUGGUUCUCUCAAGCUUGAUGCCACAGUCACCGCCAAUGGCCGGGUGGAAUCUCCAGUCAACCUUGGCUCAAAUCUCUCCUUUUCUCCACCAUCUCAUCAUGCCCAGCAGCUAAGUGUUCUCGCCAGGAAGCUGGCUGAGAAGCAAGAGCAGAAUGACCAAUACAUUGCUGGUAACCGCUUUAUAUGGAAUCAAGGCAAAUGGCUGCCAAACUCAACCACCACCUGUGGCUUGUCCCCUGAUUCAGCCAUCCUCAAGUUGAAAGCAGCAGCCAAUGCCGUUCUCCAGGACAAAUCUCUCACACGGACUGAGGAGACGAUGCGCUUUGAAUCCUUUCCCUCACCGUUCAGCUCCCAGUCCGCCAGUUCUACUUUGGCAGCUUUAUCCAAGAAAGUGAGUGAGAGAAGUUUGACCCCUGGGCAGGAGCACCCUCCUCCUGCCAGCUCUUUUCUCUCUCUGGCUUCUAUGACUUCCUCAGCAGCUCUUCUGAAAGAGGUCGCUGCAAGAGCUGCUGGGAGUCUUCUGGCCGAGAAGUCUUCACUGGUGCCUGAAGAUCCUUCGCCACCUCAGCCUUUGGAGAAAAAACAAGAAAAAGGAACCCCACCCCAGUCCUUGGAGUUAUUGUUGCUCCCUGUACCCAAAGGAAGGGUUUCCAAACCCACCAAUCCAGCCCCAGAAGAAGAAGGAGGAAAACCUUUCCAGUGUCCAAUAUGUGGUUUGGUCAUAAAGCGGAAGAGUUACUGGAAACGGCACAUGGUGAUUCACACCGGGUUAAAAAGUCACCAGUGCCCUCUCUGUCCAUUCCGGUGUGCCCGCAAGGACAAUCUCAAAUCUCAUAUGAAGGUUCAUCAACACCAGGACCGAGGCGAGACCUUCCAGUGCCAGCUCUGUCCUUUUACCUCCUCCCGUCACUUUAGCCUGAAGCUCCACAUGAGAUGCCAUCAGCACUUCCUGAGGACAGAAGCCAAGGUGAAGGAGGAGAUCCCAGAAACAGACGUCAAGGGGUCCCCACAGCUCAGUGAGAGUGCUUGUCUGGGACAGCAAAGAGAAGGAGUGGGGACCGAGUUAGUGGGGACUCCAGUCAUGUCUAGAACUCCAGAAAGGACUAGCCAGAGCAGUGCUGGGAUUCCACCUUUGUUGGUCAAGGAAGAACCCAAGGAAGAUAAUGGCUUGUCCCCUUCUUUUACCCUGAAUGUUGCGGAUAGACCCAUGAACAACACAAAAUUGAAAGACACCUCAGACUACGUAGCCAACACUGCAUCAGCGUUGUUCAGCCAAGACAUCUCUGUGAAGAUGGCGUCGGACUUUCUCAUGAAGCUGUCAGCGGCAAAUCAGAAGGAGCCCAUGACUCUUACAUUUAAAGUGAAGGAGGAGCCGAAGGAUGAGGAAGCUAUAAACUCGACCCUGCCUCAGUCCAGCUACAUAUUCAGGCCAGGAUCCGAAGGGUCAGCCCCCAGCCUCCCUGACGAUACGAUGAAGCCACAGGAAGGGCAGAUGAACACGCUAAGGAGGGAUAUGUCUGUCAAAGCAGCAUCCGAGCUUCUUAUGAAGCUAUCAGGUAUUUGA